AUGUCCAGAGCAGCCACAAGCCCAAGCUCCUUCAGUGAGGCACUGUCCAACACGGCCAAGGCGAAAGAGCGCUACACCGAGGACGACCUGUACCUUCGCGGUGCCCAGCUGCUGGCAUCCAGCUACGAACAGGGGGUGACCUCAUUGCGUGCCUUCGUCGAGCUGGAUCAUGUGACGGGCACUCUGCCCCUCACGACGGCCAUUCGGCUGAAGAAGGACUUCUCGCACCUGCUUGAAGUGCAGAUAUGUGCCUUUGCCCAGGACCCCAUCUUCUCUACCACGCAUGGCCAGACCAACAGGUCCAUCAUCACCUCGGCCCUGGACGAGUACGCGUCCUCCAUUGACGUACUUGGGACCACCCCCUAUGUGGAAGAAUCGCGAGAGGCAUCACUGCAAAAUAUCGAGUGGGCCAUCACCACCGCCAGCGAGAAGAACUUGCAUCUGGACUUUCACCUCGACUACAACCUAUCCACACCUUCCCCUUCUUCUUAUACUCCUUCAUCUCCCCCUUCCUCAAGCCCCCUCACAUUCGCCGUCAUCAACCUCCUGAAAAAGCACGAGUGGACUCGUGUCGCCAACAGAUCCAAGACGAUAGUCCUGGGCCACUGCACCCAGCUCAGCGUGCUCGACGACGCGGCCCUCCGCCGGCUGGCCGACACCAUCACCGCGAGCGAGCUCCCGCUCCACUUCGUCGGUCUGCCCACCAGCGACCUGUUCAUGAUGGGCCGGGCCGGGCCGGACGCGACGUGCACCCAGAACCGGCGCCGCGGCACUAUACACGUGCCCUCGAUGAUCAAGGACCUCGGCCUGUCGGCCUGCCUCGGCGUGAACAACGUCGGCAAUGCCUUCACGCCCUUCGGCACCGGCGAUCCCUUGCAGCUGGCGUCGUGGGCUGUCGGCAUCUACCAGGCCGGCACCGUUGCCGAUGCCGAGUUGCUGUACGGGUGUGUGAGUUGGCGGGCCAGGCAGGCCAUCGGGCUUGGGCCGAGCACGGACGAUGGCGAGGUAAGGGAGGGCCAGCGCAUACAGGGUAUGCUCUUGAUCCAGAACAGAAGCGCCAUCGACCUCCCCGGGCUCACCCUACCAGCUAGGCAGAGGACGGGCUUCCAGGACGUCGUCUGGGACCCGCCCGAGACCCAGCUAAGAUCAACAUUCAUGGCAAGUAAUGGUUGCAGAUAG